GUUGCGAGUCGAUCGGACAGAGUGUAACGUUUGACGAACAAUGGAAGGCAAAACUCAGAUCCAAGAAGCGAUUAAAAUACAAGGUGAAGUGGUUCGGAGGAUGAAGUCUGAGAAGGCAAGCAAAGAGCAGUGAUAGGGUUGCUUACCACUUUUCUCCUGUUCUUCCUGCCUGACCUUUGGUGUCCUGCUGGCCUUCAACGGAAUACAUUGACCAUCCAUGGAAUACAUUGUACCUACUGGCUCUGCAUUGCUUUGAAUGGCUUUUCGGUUGGCUGUCAAAAUACCACUGGAUGAUGCAUUCCUGACCUUUUGGUUGUGAUAUUUGACACUCCACUGCUGAAUGAACAUGUUCGGCAUGUUUGCUGUCCGGACCCGCUCUGCAAUGGUUGGCUUCCAAAUUGCAAACUGUGUCCAAUCUCGAUGCUCUUUGAUGGGAAUCACUGUGGCUCAGAUUGACAAAGAAGUUGCUAAACUUCUAGAGCUGAAGGCACAGUUGGGAGGAGAUGAUGGAAAGCAUCAGUUUGUUCUCAAAACUGCAAAGGGAACGAGAGACUACAACCCAAAGCAGAUGGCAAUAAGAGAGAAAGUUUUUAACACUAUCAUCAGCUGUUUCAAACGUCAUGGAGCAGAAACAAUCGACACACCUGUUUUUGAACUCAAGGAGACCCUGACAGGAAAGUAUGGCGAAGACUCCAAACUCAUCUAUGACCUUAAAGACCAAGGAGGAGAGCUGCUGUCCCUCAGAUAUGACCUCACCGUGCCUUUUGCUCGUUACCUGGCGAUGAACAAGAUCACCAACAUCAAACGGUAUCACAUAGCAAAGGUCUACCGCCGUGAUAACCCUGCCAUGACCCGUGGACGCUAUCGAGAGUUUUACCAGUGUGAUUUCGACAUUGCCGGGCAGUAUGACGGCAUGGUUCCAGAUGCUGAGUGUUUGAGGAUUGUCCAUGAAAUCCUCAGCGAGCUGGACCUUGGGGACUUCCGCAUUAAGGUCAAUGACAGACGCAUCCUUGAUGGGAUGUUUGCUGUGAGUGGGGUCCCAGAUGACAUGUUCCGCACCAUCUGUUCAACAGUGGACAAACUGGACAAGAUGCCAUGGGAGGAUGUCAAAAGAGAGAUGGUGAAUGAGAAAGGCUUGUCAGAGGAGGCUGCUGACCAGAUUGGGAAAUAUGUCAGUAUGCAGGGUGGGAUGGAUUUAGCAGAGCGCCUCCUUCAGGACCAUAAAAUGUCUCAGAGUAAGCAAGCUUGUGCAGGCCUAUCAGACAUAAAACUGCUCUUCAGCUACUUGCAACUUUUUCAGGUUACAGACAAGGUGGUGUUUGACCUCAGUCUAGCUCGAGGGCUGGACUAUUAUACAGGAGUUAUAUAUGAAGCAGUGUUGUCUCAGCCGGGUGUACAGUCCUCUUCCAAUGAAGUUCAAAACGGUUCCCCUGCUGAUGAGUGCAUUAGUGUGGGAAGCGUUGCUGGAGGGGGUCGUUAUGAUGGCUUGGUUGGCAUGUUUGACCCCAAUGGGAAGAAAGUACCAUGUGUGGGUGUCAGCAUAGGCAUUGAGAGAAUCUUCUCCUUCAUGGAGCAAAAAGCUGAGGCUUUAGCACUGAAGAUACGCACAACUGAGGUGCAGGUGAUGGUGGCGUCUGCGCAGAAGAACUUGAUGGAGGAGAGGCUCAAACUUGUCACUGAACUUUGGAACGCUGGGAUCAAGGCAGAGGUGAUGUACAAGAGGAACCCCAAAUUGCUCAGUCAGCUACAGCACUGCGAGGAUUCAGGGAUCCCCCUUGUGGCCAUUCUUGGUGAACAGGAGCUGAAAGAUGGUGUGGUCAAACUCCGUGUUGUGGCCACCAGAGAAGAGGUUGAUAUUUCCAGAGCCACUCUCAUCGAGGAGAUUCGGAGGAGGACGUCCGAGGCCUAGUUAAGUCACAAAUGCAUCCCCUUGUUGGUUUAGGCAGACAUGAAAAUAACUUGUGGAGCAUCCUGUGUCUAGCCUUGAACAAAUAUCUUGUGACAACAGACUUUCACUAUAUUUUCUCGAGACUGCUUAUUGUGUUGUGAAUCUAUACAUGAAGUUCACUGUCACCAAAUGAUGUUUCAUUUUCCAUUCAACUCAAGUGCAUUAAUUUGCUCUCACUGGUGACAUGAACCUGAAAAGAACAUUGCUAUGUAUCAGAUAACCGAGAAAUAAAAAGAAAAACCGCUACACUUUUGCCAUUCAAUUCAGGAUUACCAAUCGGGGGGAAAAAUAUGUACUUGGCCUUCAGUUGUUGACAAAAAUAACAUCCUGCCCAGUAUUGGAAUAAAACAUUAAUUUUGCCUGAACCUUAA